AUGAUUGCUCGUUGUCAUGCGAAAUGCUGGAUUAUUCAGUUGAAGGAAGAAAAUCAGGACUUGCAACUUUCUAGCAACCAACGUGGAAUGAAAGGUCAUAUAAUUAUCUAUCCUCAGCGCCCAGAAGGAAUUGCAAACAUCUUACCUCCACCUGUGUCAGACAUUAUUACUCCAAUAUGUGUCAUUUUUGUAGGAUCGUGUCCUCCGACUCGUGAAUGGCUUGAAGAAAAGGCGAAACCUUUGAUAGCUCAGAGAGAAAAAGUUCGUGCUGCAUUAGUUUGGCUGAAAAAACACAAUCGGCUUUACAAAGAUGUCAUUAUCGAUUUCGAUGUUUUGAACUCUAUGGAAGAGAAAACACUGAUGCCUUUUCGUGUUGAUCAUGUCCUUCCUAAUGAUGCACAUGAUUCUUUAACAUCAAAUAUGAUGCGACCGAGGCAUAAUGAUCAAUCAGUGCAGGCUGCUGAGCUAGAAGCUAAUUUUGAAAAGGUUGUAGUCACUGAUGUUGAUGGAAAUGCAUCUGCAAACGAAUUGUGUGCUGUGGCAGUUCAUCAUAUUAAGAACAAGGGCGGUGGAUAUGUCCAGAUCCCUCAUGGUCCUGAACCCGUCAAUGAGUUCUUUGAUCCGGACCUAUUUCCGAUGAUUUAUCCUACAUUGUUUCCAUACGGACUGGGAGGAUUUGAAGAUCACUUACGCUCCGAACCAUUAUCAUUAUUUUCAGCAACAUUACUCAUUUCUGUUCACAGUAUUUAA